AUGUCAGUUUGCGUGGCGGGCACGGUGGAGGUGCACCUGGAGAGCAAGGAGGGCGGCUUCUUCCUGAAGCACGUGUCGCGCCAGCACUACGCCGACCUGGGGCAGCACGCGCCGCCGCCCAGCCCGCCGCCGCCGCCCCCGGACGACGCGGCCGCCGGCGCGGGGGCGGGCGCCGUGCUCAGCGUCGACCGCUUCAGCGUCGUGCAGAGCUCGCGGCCCGUCUCCGUGCGCGCCACCUACGGGCCCUUCUCCACCAAGCAGACGGUGCCGGCGCGCUACGUGGUUCCGGACCCCCUGGACCUGCCGCAGCCGCCGCUGCCGACGCUGCAGCACAACGGCAGCCUCCUGGACGCGGCGGCGGCGGCGGGGGCGGCGGCGGCGGCCGUGGCGGCGGCGGCUGCGGGGGCGGCGCCGCGCCGCCUGGACGUGAGCGCGCACAUCGUGCGGCCGCAGCUGCCGCGCGACCAGCCGCAGCUGCGCGUGCUGUUCCACGCGGGCACCGGCACCGCCGCCGCCGCCGACAUGGGGCCCGGCGUCGCGGCGCUCGGCGGCCGCCGCCACCCGCGCCAGAGGGUCUGCAUCGUGCUGCACGCCGCUCUUGGGGACCGCCCGCCGCUCACCGCCGCCUGCUCGCCCGACGGCGAGGACGGCGUCUGCCUCGCGCAGGUGACGGUGCCGGCGACGUGGUGGCCGCCGCUGUCGCCGCCGGGCUGGGGCGGCCCCUCCAAGUGGCCGCCGCGGCGCGUGCAGCUGGCGUACUCGGUGCUGGAGCCGCGCGGCGAGGGCUGCGUGGCGCGCGUGCAGAUCCAGCCGGUGGCGCCGCUGGGGACGGUGCUGCUGGCGCCGGCCGCCUCGGCGUACCGCGAGCUGCGCGCGCCCGGCCCGCCGCCCGCCGAGGACGGCCUGCUGGCGCUGCUGCUGCCGCGCGCGCCGCUCUACCCGCGGGCGCGCCUGCACGCGCCGCUCUUCCUGCUGCAGCCCGCCGCCGCGCUGCUCGUCGUUAAGGUGCGCGUGAAGAACGGCCUGAGGCUGCUGGGCGCCGAGGCGAGCUCGGAGCGCUGGAACGUGACAGCGUCGCUCAACGGCAAGCACACCGCCGCCACCGUCACCGCCUUCCGCAGGGACAGCCUGGCCGACGCGGCGCCGCAGCUGCAGCCCUCGCCGCACGGCAAGCCGGGGAGCGGCGGAGCGGCCGGUGGCGGCGGCGGCGGGCCGUCCAAGGCGGAGGAGGUGUUCUCUCUGCUGGUGGCCGUCUCAGACGAGGGCGGCGCGGGGGCGGCGGACGCGCGCCUCGUGCUGAGCGCGCGUUACGUUCUGGCCGGCGACGUGGCGGCGGCGGCGGGGGUGGCGGGGGCGGCCAGGAAGCCCGCGCUGCUCGAGGCGUCCGGCCGGCGGAGACACACCGCCAGGCUCGAGGUGCACAAGGACGACAUCCAGGCCGUGCUGCCCAUCUCCAAGAACUGGGAGGUGAUGAACACGGCGGUGCUGACCGGCCACCAGGUGUCGCAGGCCAUGAAGGUGUUCAUCGUGAGCCAGGCGGGCAAGGUGGCUGACGUCACGCUGCAGUCCGCCUGCCACUCCGAGGACGAGAGCGUGCUCAAGGUGUCCAGCUCGUGCAGCUCUGUGUACGUCGACGGCUCCGAGAUCCGCGGCUCCUCCAACGCCUCGGUGGUGGUCAAGUACGGCACGUACACGGGGCUGGCGCGCUUCACCGUCUGGAUGCCGGAGUUCCCGCUCGAGGUCAGCGUCGCGGACUUCCGCCUCAGCCAGGUCAAGGGUUGGCGCGUGCCCGACGAGCACUCCGGUAGAGGUGGCAACAAGCUGAAGAAACGCGAGGCUGCCGACGUGCCGCGGUGGGGCAAGGACCCCAGCUUCCAGGACAUGAUGGAGCACGACCAGAAGCCCAGCUGCCGACUGCGCUUCCAGCAGAGUCCCGUCGAGGUGUACGCGCGGUUCAGCGCCUCGGACCAGGACUCGGGGCGCGUGAGCUACUUCGUGAACCGGCGCACCUGGCUGCGAGUCACCGACCUGGUGGAGGCGCUGCUGCGCGUCUCCGACCCGCGCAUCGCCAGCCUCAGCGGCCGCAUCCUGCAGGGCCGCGGCGUCGGGCGCUCCGAGGUACAGGUGCUGUCACCGACGGGUAGGGUGAUCGGCGCCAAGGAGGUGCGCGUGGGCAACGACAAGGUGUCCAUCACGCGCCUGCAGGUGCGCGUCGUGUCGGGCCUGCAGCUCUCCAUAGUGCCCGACAGCGCCGUCGAGAACGGAUACGUCGCUGAGACCUCCGUCACGAGGAAGCUGACUGCCCAGUACCAGGAGGGCCUGCUCGACAUAGACAUAGAGUUCUCCGACGGGACGCGGACGCCGCUGCGCGAGGUGGCCGUGUCGGACUACCACCUGCUGGUGGAGAGCCUCGACCCCGAGGUGGUGGCGUUCGCGCCCAUGGUGACGUCGCCGCACCCCCGCGUCAUCGCUGUGGGGGAGGGCCGCGGAGACCUGCUGCGCGUCGCGCUGCUGCCGGCUGACGCCUGCCGCGGGGGCGGCGGAGGCGGGGGCGCCGUGACGCGUGGGAGGGCGGCCGCGGGCGGCGCGGGGGCGGCGCCGGCGCCGGCGCUGGCGGCCGCCUCGGCCUACGUGGAGGUGGACUUCUCGGGCAGCGACCUGCCGCAGCGGCCGGACCUCGUGCAGAACGACGGCGGCCCCGGCGUGGGCGGCGGUCUGCCGCUCGGCUUCGGCCCGCGCUCCAGCCGCGACAUGGUCGCCGACGUCCCGGACAUCUCCAUCGGGUUUCCGCUGAAGGACGAGAACAACCACGAGCCGACGGUGCAGGCGCGCCAGCACUCGGCGGCGGUGUCCGGUCUGGGCGGUGGGUCCGGCGUGCGCGGCUCACACGUGGGCGGCGGCGGCGUGUCGCACCACCACCUGGGACCCGGCGCCGCCCACGGCCAGCCCGCCGUCAGCCUGACGCCGCUCGAGAUCGGCAUGUACGUGCUGCUGGCGGCCUUCUGCUUCGCCAUCGUCGUCUUCGUGGUCUCCUGCGUGGUGUACGCGUCCAAGUUCAAGCCCCUGACGCCGAUGGAGGCGGCCAUGGUGGGAGCGCGCGGCCCGGCGCUGGGGGCGGCCGGCGGCAGCUCUGGGGCGUCCAGCUCGGGGGCGGCGUGCCUGGGGGCCGCCGGAGGGGCGGGCGCCGCCGGCGGGGGGCCGCCCAAGGGCCAGGAGCCCACCACCACCAACGCGCACGACUGGGUCUGGCUCGGCCGCGCCACGCUCGAGCGCGCCUCCGGCCACGCCGUCGUCAACAACAACAACAACAACAACUGCAAGGUACGGAUCACGGCGAACCCGCUGGAGCAGUCGACGGAGAUGCAGGCGUCAUCGGCAUCGGCAGCGGCGGUGCGGCACGUGCCCGCCGUGGACAGCUCGACCUACUGCAAGAAGGAGAGGGACAAGGAGAGGGACAGGGAGAGGCCGCAGCCCGCCACGCCGGUGCGACAGCACUCCAGGGAGCCGGCGCUGCCCACGCCGCCAGAGAGGAUGUGGCAGAUUCGCAGCAGCGGAACGCCGCCGCCGCUGCCUCCCCACGGGCUGGUGGCGCCCGCGCCCGCACCGGCGCCGGCGCCGGCGGACAAGCCGCUGGAGGUGGAGUACCGGCCGCCGGUGCCGCCGCACCGCAACAUGGGCGUGACGGCGCGCAUCGGGCCCUCCGCGGCCGCGGGGCUGCCCGCCGCCGGCUUCCAGCAGAGCCCGGCAGCCACCGGCGCGGACACCGCGGGGGCGCAGACCGCCUCCCCGCUGCCGGCGCCGCCCCCGCCGCCUCCGCACCAGCAGCUGCAGCCGCAGCAGCGCAGGCACCACCACCACCACCACCACCACCGCAGCAACAGGGCUGGCGGAGGCGGAGGUGGCGGCGGCCACGACGGCGGCGCGCCGGAGCAGCCCCCGCAGCGGCACAAGUCCCGCCGCUCGUCCGGCCACCAGCCGCAGGUACAGCCGCAGCCGCAGGUGCCGCCGCACCAGCUCCAGCUGCAGCACCACCAGCACCAGCUGCAGCAGCUGCAGCUGCAGCACGAGGCGGCAGCCGCGGCAGCAGCCGCAGCCGCGGCCGGCGCCAACUCCUCCGACUUCGUACCUGGCGCGCAGCGGGGGGCGGGCGGCGGCUCGGAGGUGAAGCGCGCCACCAUCGUCGGGAACCCCAUGUUCUCGGCAGGCGCCGCCGUCGUCGCCGGCGGUGUGGCGCUGUCUGGCGCCGCGCACGACGACCUGGUCGGUCUCGACGACCUCAACCUCGGCAUGGACUACGACCAGAUCAUGGAGUACUUCGACAACCUCAAAGAGUCAAACGCCUGAAUCUAGUCACGCGACUACGUCGUCCGCAACCGCGGGAGGCGGCAACCCAUACCAAAAAGAAGCUAUUCGUGUACAACAUAUUUAUUUAUCUACCCGCGCCAAAUGUCACAUUUCUUUAACACGCGAAGCGUA